AUGUUUCCAUUGUGGGCUGAACUUAAACAAUACAACCUAGCAGACCCAAAUUGGAAUACACCAGGAAAAAUAGACAUGCUGAUAAGUUCCUCGGUGUAUAGCAAAGUCCUCAAACAGGGACUUAGUAAGGGUCCCCCGGAUUCUCUUAUAGCACAAAAUACAGAAUUGGGGUGGAUAUUGUCUGGCAAAAUUCCGAGUAAGAAUAUUAAUGAAGAAAGCACAAGCCUCAACUAUCUAACGUUAGAAAGGGAUCCAAAUUAUCUUCUUAAGAGAUUUUGGGAGUUAGAGGAAAUGUCAGUGCCGAAAAGACAUUUUACGGCAGAAGAAAAGGAAUGUGAAGUAUUUUAUAAGAAAACAACACGAAGAGAUUCAUCAGGCCGUUAUAUUGUCAGAUUGCCUUUUAAAGCAGCUACACCAAACUGCGUACAUGGUCAAACAAAGGAUAUCGCAUUACGUAGAUUUUUUAGUUUAGAAAAACGGUUAUCUCAAAAUUUGGAGUUAAAAAGGCAAUAUUCAGACGUAAUAAACGAGUAUCUUGAUCUGGGUCAUAUGGAAAUUAUUCCACCAGAACAAGUCAAUCGAAAGGAUGUAGUAUAUUUGCCGCACCAUGCGGUUGUAAGAGAGGAUAAGACAACUAGCAAAGUUAGGGUGGUAUUUGACGCCUCUUGCAUAGGUAAAAAUGGUGUGUCACUGAAUAGUGAAUUAAUGAUCGGCCCAACCUUACAAGCGGACUUACGGCACACAGUAAUGAGGUGGCGUAUGCACCCGAUCUGCAUCGUUGCAGAUAUCAUCAAAAUGUAUAGGCAAGUAAUGGUUGAUAAGGAAGAUGUAGAUUAUCAAAGACUGUUGUGGCGGCAAGAUAGUAAGGAAAAUAUACAGCAUUUACGCCUUUUAAGGGUAACAUUUGGAACUGCAUCGGCGCCAUACUUAGCGGUGAGAACAUUGCAUCAGAUUGCAGAAGAUGAAGGGGAAGAGUUUCCAGCCGCAAAGGAUAUUGUUCUGCAGGGUUUUUACAUGGAUGAUUUGAUGGCUGGCUGCGAAACUGUAUCUGAAGGAAUAGAAAUUUAUAACCAAAUGAAGAAAUUAUUAGCUAGAGGAGGUUUUGAACUGCAGAAAUGGAGAAGCAACAACAAAGAUUUAUUAAAGCAUAUAAAAACUGAUCAAGAAAAAGAACAAGAUUUUGAAUUAAAAAUAGACAAAAUAAUAAAAAUAUUAGGACUUACCUGGUGUAGAGACACCGAUGAAUUUGUGUACACGGUGAAGCUGCCUCCAUUGAAAAUACCUGCAACUAAAAGAAGGGUUAUUUCUCAUAUCUCCAUGUUGUUUGAUCCGCUGGGUUGGCUGGCACCUGCAAUAAUAAAAGCAAAAAUAUUAAUACAAAGAAUAUGGUUAUCAGGAAUUGACUGGGAUGACGAGUUACCGUCGUCUUUAUUUAAUGAGUGGUGUACUUACCGCAAUGAACUCAUGCAACUGGUUCAACUUCGUAUUCCUAGAUGGUUACGAGCCUCUCACGGUGACGCUUUGGAACUACAUGGCUUCAGUGAUGCGUCCAAUUAUGCUUACGCUGCCGUGGUGUACAUGCGAGUGGUUAGUCAGCAAGGUGUUGUUCAUACAAGAUUGGUGACAGCAAAAACUAAGGUUGCACCAAUCAAGCAGAUCUCCAUACCGCGUUUAGAAUUGUGCGGAGCGGUAUUGCUAGCCAAGUUAUUGAGUGAAGUUGCUGAUGUAUUGAAUAUUGCCAAGGAACAUAUUCACGGGUGGACAGACUCUACGGUGGUGCUCGCUUGGUUAAGUAAACAUCCAUCUAAUUGGCAAACAUUUGUAGCCAAUAGAGUGUCAGAGAUCUUAACCGUCGUAGAUAGGAGUCAAUGGUCGCAUGUAAGAUCAGGUGAUAACCCGGCAGAUUGCGCUUCGCGUGGAAUGAAACCAGCUGAGUUAAUCUCCAAUCAGUUGUGGUUGGAAGGGCCAAUAUGGUUAAAAAAUAAGGAGAUCGACUAUGGAAAGGGUGAAGAAAAUACAACAGACCUAGAAGAAAAAGCAAAGAAGAUUUUUAUAACAAUUAAUAAGGACGAACUUCCAGUAUGGACUAAGUUUUCUUCACUAAGAAAAUUGCGGAAGAACUUAAUAAGGCAUUAA